CAUUCCCGCAACACCCUUAACGUAUAUCCACCAUUUCCACCCAAUUGUCACUAUGGUGGACUGGAACGAUCCUGACCUCGAAGCGAAAUUGGGGGUGCUUUUAGAACAGUUGUUGUAUGCCAUCCUUGGCUUAUACGGCUGGGAAUAUAUACGCUCCUCGCACGUGGAGAUAGCACUAAUUCGGAGGCAGCUUCCAUUUCGAUGGCCUUUGCUCUCGUACAUUACCGCCAGACUCAGCUUCUUGAUUGUGACAAUUUUACAUGCGACGCAAUCUUCUCCCUUCUACACAAACGUUGAUUGUCCGAGCAUGAAUUUUGUGAUUCUAUUCUGGACAAACAUCGCGAUCGGCUGCUCCACAACAAACCUGAUGAUCAGAACGUGGCUUAUUUGGAAGACCAGUUACCUGCUGCGCCUUUUACUAGUCCUCUUAUCACUAGGCCAUUGGACAUUGCUCACUCUCUGUGCUGCGCUGGUCUUAUAUGGUACGCAUGUCGCAUUUAUGAAUACUGGAUACGUGAUGAUGAGUACCUCGGGUGUAGCCAUGUCGUAUGAUUUGGCGCUUUUGAUCUUUACCAUUAUUGGACUUUUGAGGAUGCCAUCGUCUUCUGCGCUAUGGAAGACGCUCGUGAAACAAGGCGUGAUAUACUUCGUCCUCAAUUUUUUAGCGAACCUUAUCCUAUUGGUCCUGAAUCGUUUGAACCUGAAUCCUAUCAUGAAUGUUAUUUUCGGAAUGCCUGCACGGUUGCAUCUAACAGAGUGGUCCUCUCGCUUCUCCGCCCUUCGCCCAAUUGUGAAAGGUCUUUCCUGUUUUUCAUCU